AUGGUACGUGGAUAUGAGCUUUUCCGUGUCGGCGAGCGAAAACCGGCUUCUGAACCGUUCCUUUCUGCGCUUUCUCUUGCCGUGUCCUGGUCGGCCGCUGGUCCUUCCUCGUCAGGGACGAUCUCGUCCUCGGAAAACACCUUUGACUGGUCCGAGCCCUUUUCCGACUCGUCCUCGUUCAGACUCUCUGCUAUGCGCAGAACAGGAGCAGACGGCUUGCUCGACGUCUUCACCAUCGACGGUGUCUGUUUCAGAAUCUCAAUCUUGGACUUGAGCAGGUGCGAAUUCACGCCGUAUUCGUCGUCGCUGUCUGUUCCUGUUCCCUCGGCGAUCUCAACGCCGGCCUCGUGA